AUGCUACGGCGCACAGCGAUCAAGAGACAGCCCUGGACCAAGGACGCAGCCGCACGUCGCCUGGCCACGCUGGCGCAGCAACGUCAGGCACGACGAGACCUCACAGCACAUGCGCGACAGCUAUCUCAACAGCAGGACCCACCGUUGCCACAUGAAGGAGGAGGAGACGCGCAGGCCAUGGACGGCGUCACACAUACAGCAUCCAAGCGUCGAACCCGCGAGGAACGCAUCAGGCAACGACGUGAGCACUUCUCCAAGCAGUUGAUGACGCCGGAGUGGCUCAUUGACGCUCCCAAGGACCUCAACGGUAGCGGCAGUUUGCUGGGCGAGGGUUGGUAUGUUCUGCCGCGCCCAGAGGGCAAGCGCUGUCUCAUAGUGGCCAACGGCGGUAAUACCAUUGCUCGGAUCCCGUCGGGGUCUAUCUUGAAAAAAUUUCCGUCUGCGCUGCCUUGUGGCUCUCACAAGACCAACAAGUCCAGCGACGGCUACUGCAUCCUUGACUGCAUCUUUCAAGAGCAAAACGGAACCUUUUACGUACUGGACGUUAUGUGCUGGAAGGGAUACUUGCUCUACAACUGCACAACAGAGUUUAGGCUGUACUGGAUGCGCGAUAAACUGUCGGAAGGAGCUGCGGGGACGGUCACACCGGCUAAUCCAUUCCGAUUUCUGAGCAUCGUAUCUGCAUACUCAACGACGUAUCCAUUUCUCAAAGAUGAGCUUCUUUUUUACAUGAAGGCAGGCCACUACGAGAUGGGUCUGUCACCACUGGCACUGGUGUGGAAGGAUGCUAACACCAGUCGCUUCUUUACCUACUCGGCCAAGCCAUCCGUAGUGCUUCGCUUCGAAGGUGAAAACGAGUGUGUGACCUUGGAGGGCAUCGUUCUUUUCACCGCCGAUCAAAGCUUCAUCCAGCAGCACGAGCUAAGCGAAGGGGAUCUCGCGAGAUUUUCUUUUGAGCAACAUGAAGUAGAUGAGAACCAGACCCCGCAUCUGACCGGUCUGACAUUCGUGAAACGAUGCUCGCCCCAGCGAGCCCUCCCGGACAGCUGGACUAAAAUUUUGUUCCAGUACAACGCGCGAUUGGGUGGAGUCCCUAUUGAGCGUAUCUUAGAGGUGCGUGCUUGUUUUGUCUGUGUGGAGAUGGAAGGAUAG